UUUUUUUAGAUAAUUUUCAAAUUCAAACAUGACUACAAACAAAAAGAAAGUUAUCAUCAUUGGUGCCUCAUAUGGAGGAAUAUUGGCACUCAAAACCCUCCUUUCCACUAAGAAAUGUCACACCAAAGAUAUAUCAUUAGAUAUUACAAUUAUUGCUCCUAAUGAUCAUACCUAUUUCAACAUCGCAUCUCCUAGAUUAUUGACAGAAUUGAAUUUAGCUUCAAAGGUUGUUUUCAAAAUUAAAGAUGUAAUUGAGAAAUUAUCCAGAGGUACUGAGCACACCGUUGGAUUUGUUCAAGGCUCAGUGCAAAAGGUUGACUUGGAUGACAAGAGUUUGACUAUUUUGAACUCAGAUAGAACUUUUAAUUAUGACAACUUAAUCAUUGCCAGUGGAACUAGGACUGAUUUCCCUGGUUUCAAAUUAGAUAACCAAAAAGAUCAAACUUAUUCCAUUGAAGCUAUUAAAAUCCUUUCCAAGCAAAUUGAAGAUGCCAAGAGUAUUGCAAUUAUCGGUGGUGGUAGUACUGGAGUAGAAGUAGCUGGUGAAUUGGGUUACAAAUAUGGAAAACAAAAGGAAGAGAUCGUUUUGUAUACUGGUGCUCUGCGUCCAUUACCAACGUUGCCAGAGAACCAAUCCCUGAAAGCUACUACUAAGUUAGAGCGUCUUGGAGUCACCAUCGUGAAUGACAAAGUUAAUGUCAGGGAAAAUUCAGUUGAACUUGCUAAUGGUUCUAUUGUCAAAUACUCUUUGGUUAUUACAGCUUAUAAACAUAUUCCAAACACCGAAUUUCUUCCCGCCAAUGUGUUGAAUAAAACCGGUUAUGUAAUCACAGACAGCCACUUGAGACUUAAGCAACAUCCAGAAGUGAUCUGUGUUGGUGAUGCUUUGGAAAUUGGCCAACGUUCAGUUGUAGAUUUGGUAUAUGGUCAAAAAUCUGUUAUCGAAUCAACUAUACAAGUUGAGGUCUUUGGUAACGCUUCUAAACCAAAAUCUUACGAAGCCCCAAAAUCAACUACAAUGGUGGUCCCAAUUGGUAAAGAAGGUGGUGUUGGUUUAGCAUUUGGUUGGAAUGUUCCUAAUUUCUUGGUUUCGAUUUUGAAAGCAAAGGAUUUCAUGAUCUCUAAAGCUGGAGAUAAUUUGACCUAAUACAGUAAGAUUAAUAUAGAUUUAACCACUUUAUGCUAAUAUAUACAUACAUACAAUUUUUAUAGAUUGACCCAUGAUCCUUCUAAUUAAUUCAAAAAAGAAGUAACUGAGGUGACUCGAUUGAG